AUGGCGGCGGCGACGCCGCCAGACGCCCGCGAGGCCUGCCGCAUGAGUGUCGCGGCAACCGCCUGGCAGGCCGCCAGCGGCGCCGCCGCCGGGCGCUGCCUGGCCCGACGGGCGCGCCAGCUGCGUCGGGCGGCUGCCGGGGGCCGCCAGAACGCCGCCGCCGCCGCGCAGGACGCGCUGCCGACACUCUAUCGCGCGGGCCCGGCGGACUUCGGCACGAUGACGUUCGGCUGGAGCCAGGCCAGCAGCGAGGUGGACAGCGGCGCCGCGUCCGCGAUGCUGCGCAGUUUCCUGGCUGGCGGUGGAGGUGGACACCGCGCGCAUCUACUCGGGGGGGGACACCGAGAAGAUCCUGGGCGGCGUGCUCCGCGAGCCCGAGGUUGCGGCCGCCGGCUGCCGCCUCGCGACCAAGGCGCACCCCUCGCAGCCCGGGGGCCUCUCCGCGGCGGGCAUCCGCGGGCAGCUGCAGGACUCGACUCGAUGGACGCUCUCGGCGUGGAAAAGGUUGACGUCCUCUACCUGCACCAGCCAGACCCCGAGCAUGACCUGUCGGAGUCGCUGAGCUGCGUACACGAGCUGAUCCUGGAGGGCAAGGUAAAGCAGCUCGGAAUGAGCAACUACCGCGCCCUUGAGGUGGAGCGCGCCUGCGAGCUGUGCCGGCGGCGGGGCUGGACCGCGCCGAGCUUCUACCAGGGCCUCUACAACCCCCUGAACCGCCUCGUGGAGGAGGAGCUCCUGCCCGUGCUCAGGACCGGUGAGCACUCCUGUUGCACAGCGACCCGUGGCAUGGGAGAUGUUGGCAACGCAGCGGGGUAUAUUGGGUGCAAGGCGUGCGGCUACAAGUGGAACUGGAGCAGCAAAGUCGAGUGCUUCAAGUGCAAGGCGAAGCUCCGCCCCGCCGUCGGCGUCCCACCGCCACCGUCUGGAGUUUGGGCACAGAAUGGACCUCAUUCUGCGGGUUGGCCACGCUCGGGACGAUUGUGGAAGAAGUGGGCACCUUGGCGGCACUCCACGUACGCAAGCACCAAGGCUGGCUGGGACUCCGUGGAGGUGCAGAAGGGCGAUGGCGGACAGUCCGACCCGAUCUCCACGGCCUCCCUCAUCACGAGUUUGGCUGCGUACCAGGGCGUCGGCGAGAAGGGCGACCCCACCAUCACGGCCGCCUUGGACUUGUUGCGUCGCAAAGCCCAAGAGGAGGAGGCCAACGCCAAACCUGCGCCAGCUCCACCCAAGCAGCGCACGGGCGCCCAGCUGCUGGCGGACGCCAAUCGCGCGCUCAAGGAGCUGGACAUUCGCAUUGAGAAGCAGCGGACGAAGCUCACGGGCGCGCAGCUGUACCUGGACGACCAGCUCGAGAAGAUGGACAAGUUGGCCCAGCAGAGGGUCGAGGUGCAGCAGCGGCAUCUCACAGCACUCCAGCAGGCCAACCAGGAGUCGGGCAUCAUCGUGGUCAAACCCGAUGAGAAGACCCUCAACGUCAAGUUCGAGUGCGACGGCUCACUCUUCGAGGGCCUCGAGGAGUGCGACAUACCGACCGAGGAGAUGGACAGCAUCAUGCAGUGGAAGAGCGAGCUGGAGCAGUUCCAGAAGGAGCAGCUGGGCACCCUGCAGGCGAAGUUCAAGUACAUCGAGGAGAUCCACCAGAAGGCAAAGAAGGCAAUGCAGGCCCCCAAAAAGAAGCGUAAGGUCGAAGCGGGUACAGAAGGUGCGACAGCCAUCAACCCUGAGGACGAGAAGAAGAAGAUCAGGGACGCCAAUCAAGCAGCCUUGGAGCAGCUCAUGCGCAAACUGACGGUCUGGCUGUCGGUGCUGAGCAGUCUGGGCUUUAGCGAGGCGCACUCCACCCAGCAGCAGAGCGAGGAGUCCCAGGUCCUGUUCGGCAACAUCACGGAGUGGGGCCCACAGGUACAGAACUACGUGCAAGGCCCAGCGGUGCAGCAGUUCGAUUGCCUGGCGUUUGUGGAAACGCACAAGGGGCCAAACCAAGUCUCAGCCAUGAAGACGUUCCUGCAGAAAGAAGGAUGGAAGGCGACAAUCACCCCCGCAGUCCCCAGUGGCAAGUCGAAGAAAGGAUGGUCCGCGGGUGAACUCGUCGCCACGCGCGCGCACAUACAGUCCACGUCCCUGGAGCACUGGAAGGGCAAGCACGACAAGCAAGGAGACACGGCCUUCGUCGGUUUCUCCCCCAUGGUGCUGCACCUCAGCAUCGGCAAUUUCAUCAUCAUCGCGGCCUACCUACUACCGACCCUGCGUUUCACGGGCAGGAACCGUAAGGUCAUGGCAGCCCUCACGGCCUUUGUGCGCUUGUUGAAGGACCCAUGGCUCGUCGUGGCGGAUUGGAACUGCGUCCCUACUGAGCUGCUCGCAUCUGGUUGGUUAGAACAGAUGCGAGGCGAGAUCGCCUAUCGCGAUCGGCCACUGCUGGCACAGAAGUUGGCGAACAGCUACGGCAGGUGGAUCGAGGCCGUGGAGGAGGCAGUUUUGCAGCACUCAGAGGUACCCCAACACCAACGAGACGGCUAUAGAGGAAGGGCGCAGGGUUUCGGCAUCAAGUGGACAAAGAGCACAGCAGCGCCAGGCAGACCGCAUCUGUACAAUUCAGAGGCUGAGUGGUGGGCCAUCACGCACACGCAGGUGAUCGCGAUCAAUGGCCUGGUGAAGAACAACAAAGACCCACAACAGCUGCAACAACGAGGGCAAGAGUUUCGACAGCGGAUGCAGCAGGUACAUGUGGUCAGCAAGCACAGCGAUAUCGAGCUGCUCAACCAGUGGCAGCAGAGCGCACACGACAUCUUCAGCCCAGCACGUCAGGAGAGAGAGGAUGUGAUAGAGAUCACCGAGAGAUUGGCUGGACAAGCAGCGCGGAGAGCUCUGGCAGAUGGCACAAAGGGCUUCAUCAGGUGGGCGCAGGAUAUGUGGAAGAAGACCCCUGGAGCCCUGCACAGAUGGACGAAGGACGCGCAGCAGCCGCGGCUCGAGGAGAUGAUCUCAGGCAAGAUCGUGGCCGAUCCCAUCCUCAUCAUGAACCACAAGAGCGAGAGUUGGGCCAAGAAGUGGACGGCCGCCCCGCAUAGACAGACAGCACUUGCAGGCGCUCUUCGACGUUGCCGUCUCUCGGCGGCCCAAGAGGACCUCCCGCAGCUCACGAUCCAGGACCUCAACGCUGCCACCCACCGCAUGGGGGUCAAGAAGGCACGAGGUAUCGAUGCGAUAGGCCCCUUGGACAUCGAGAGGCUCCCAGACCAGGCCAAGUACGGUUUUUUGGAUAUCAUCGCGCAAGCCGAAGAGCAUCUGAUGUGGCCCCCACAACUGGAGGAGAUCGAGUCUUAG